AUGACAGAAAAAAAUCGCAAAAAGUCAAAUCUUAAACUGAAAUGGUUCGACGAGAAGGAAAGUAUAUCGGGUGUGCAACAGCUGAAGUCCUCGGUGCAGAAGGGCAUCCGUGCACGUCUUCUGGAGCUGUACCCACAUCUUGACAACUAUAUCGACCAAGUGCUUCCAAAGAAGGAUACAUUCAGAAUUGUUAAAUGCCACGAUCACAUUGAGAUUAUGGUGAACAGCGCUGGUGAGCUGUUAUUCUUCAGACAUCGCGAGGGUCCUUGGAUGCCUACUUUAAAACUGCUACAUAAAUAUCCUUUCUUUCUGCCGAUGCAGCAGGUCGACAAGGGUGCCAUUCGCUUCGUGCUCAGUGGUGCCAACAUCAUGUGCCCGGGUUUAACUUCUCCGGGGGCUAGAAUGACAACUGUGGAUAAAGGUCAGGUGGUAGCAGUUAUGGCGGAGGGCAAGGAGCAUGCUCUAGCGAUUGGCACCACAUCGCUUUCCACUACUGAUAUAGCUAAAGUGAACAAAGGCGUAGGCAUAGAAAACUGCCACUAUCUGAACGACGGUUUGUGGCAAAUGAAACCAGUGAAGUAG